AUGCGUCAAUCCAUCUCAGCGCUGGUCCUCGCCCUCGCUGGCACCGCGCUCGCGGUCCCCGAGAAGCAGGAUGCCGACCACCUCUACUCCUCCCGCCUCUCCAAGCGCGGUAUCGACGCCGAGGGCAACUUCAACAUGUCCUUCUUCCACGUGAACGACGUCCACGCCCAUCUCGACGAGUACUCCUCCUCCGGCACCGACUGCACCCGUCCCGAGCGUGGCUGCUACGGCGGCUAUGCCCGCAUCAAGCACACCGUCGACGAGCUGCGCCCCCAGUACAACGACUCUCUCUGGCUGAACGCCGGCGACGAGUUCCAGGGAACCCUCUUCUACUCCUUCUACAAGGGCGAGAAGAUCGCCGAGACGAUCAACCAGCUCGGCUUCGACGCCAUGACUCUCGGCAACCACGAGUUCGACGGCGGCGACGACGAGCUGGGUGACUUCUUGCAGAACCUCACCUUCCCCAUCGUCUCGGCCAACAUCGUCUCCGACAACGAGAAGCUCAACAAGACCAUCAAGCCCUACCACAUCUUCGAGGAGCAGCAGCUGGCUGUCAUCGGCGUCACCACGCCCACCACCCCGGGCAUCUCCUCGCCUGGCGCGGGCACGAAGUUCCUCGACGUCGUGACCACCGUCCAGUCCACCAUCGACCACAUCAAGUCCACCACCAACAUCACCCGCAUCGCCGCCCUCACCCACAUCGGCUACGACGAGGACCAGAAGCUCGCCGAGCAGACCACCGGCCUGUACCUCAUCAUGGGCGGCCACUCCCACACCCUGCUCGGCUCCAUGGAGGACGCCGAGGGCCCCUACCCGACCAUCAAGCAGAACAAGGACGGCGACGACGUCUUCAUCGUCACAGCCUACCGCUGGGGCGAGUACGUCGGCUACAUCGACGUCACCUACGACGCAGAGGGCAAGGUCCUCGCCUACCACGGCGGGCCCAUCCACCUCACCAACACCACCGAGCAGGACCCCGAGCUGCAGGCCCAGAUCGAGUCGUGGCGCGGCCCCUUCGAGGCCUUCGCCGCCGAGGUCGUCGGCGUCUCCAACGUCGAGCUCGACCAGACCCUCUGCCAGAAGCAGGAGUGCAUCCUCGGCAACGUCAUGACGGACGCCAUGUACGAGUACCGCCUCAACAACUCCGACUCCGCCAAGCCCGACUUCGCGCUCAUCAACGCCGGCGGCAUCCGCGCCACCAUCGACGAGGGCAACAUCACCCGCGGCGAGGUCCUGACCUCCUUCCCCUUCGGCAACUCCAUCGUCGAGAUCACAUACUCUGGUUCCGACCUGCGCAAGGUGCUCGAGGGCGCCGUGACCAAGGUCAACCAGUUCAACAACGAGCCCAUCACCUCCUUCUUCCAGGUUUCCAAGAACAUCGUCGUCGAGUACAACCCGGCCGGCAACAACGGCUCCAAGCUUGUGUCGGUCGAGAUCGGCGGCGAGGCCCUGGAUGACGCAAAGGACUACCGUGUCGUCACUCUUGACUUCCUUGCGGGCGGCGGUGACAACAUCUUUGUUGCGACGACCAACUUUGUUUCGCUUGAUACCCAGGACGAGGUUCUUGUUCAGUAUGUAGAGGCCAAGAGCCCCAUCGAUGCCAAGAUCGAGGGCCGCAUUGUCCAGAGCAACGGUACUGCGACCUCACCUUCGAGCACUGCUUCCGGUACCGCGGCACCUACCGCCACCGGUGAGAGCGGUGCGGCCAUGGUUUCCGUCAGCAUGGGUGCGCUGGCUGUGAGCUUGCUUGCUCUGUUGGCUAUGUAG